ACAUUUCGCGCCAAAAGGGCCAACCCGGAUUGGCCAGCUUGAAACUACGUGAAACUAAAUUCUAGGAAACUCCAAGUGACGUCAUUGCGCAGGUGCUUGGAAUCCCCCAUACAGUACAUUGCACACGUGGAUCGUAAACAACGAUAACAAAUUUCCCGGCUUUUCUCUAAAUCGUGGUCGAAUAUUUCGAAUCAAAAGGUGCCAGAAGAUAGUUGAAUAGGUUGUGAUCAGUUAGAACUGUCGAUUUCUUAUUGAAGUUACUGUAUUCAGCGACUUUUCUGUGAUCCAAAAACUGUAACUAGGGUCAAUUCGACAGACAGGGUAUUUCAUCAGAUUGAAAAUGGCUGCCAAUAAGUCUCCCUCAAAAUCUCCCUCAAAAGAGUACUCGAAAAUCGACCAGAACGGGGUGAACCCGAGCAAUGGACGGCACCUGAAGGUGCCAGGUCAAGAUGAGAGUGGUCUCAUUGAGAGCAACACAUCAGUCUACUCGGAAACGGUCAAUUUGAAGCCCAAAAUCUCACUACUAAAUGGAGUCACAGUGAUUGUUGGCAGUAUAAUUGGAUCGGGUAUCUUUGUAAGCCCGAAAGGAGUUCUCCUUCAUUCCGGCAGUGUUGGCUUCUCACUAGUUGUGUGGAUCUUAUGUGGACUCUUCUCCAUGGUCGGAGCGUAUUGUUACGCUGAACUUGGUACCAGCAUCACACGAUCGGGGGCAGAUUACGCAUACAUUUUGGAAGCCUUCGGACCCUUCUUGGCUUUUCUAAGACUUUGGGUGGAGUGUAUGAUUGUACGCCCAUGUUCACAGGCAAUCGUGGCGCUGACGUUUGCGUACUACGUUAUCGAGCCAUUGUUUCCAGGCUGUGCCCAGCCAGACAGUGCAGUGGUGUUACUGACCGUUGUUUGUAUUACUAUUCUGACGUUCAUCAACUGUUUCGACGUGAAAUGGGCGACGCGGGUACAAGACAUCUUCACCUACGCCAAGGUCUUGGCCCUGAUCCUGAUCAUCAUAACGGGAUUUGUCCAGAUUGGACUUGGUCGCUACCAGCAUUUCAAGGACCCCUUCGAAGGCACGAUCAUGAAUGUAGGCGAGUGGUCACUGGCAUUCUACUCCGGUCUCUUCGCUUACAAUGGAUGGAACUACUUGAACUUUGUUGUGGAGGAGUUGAAAGACCCUGUCAAGAACCUUCCCAAAGCUAUCUGGAUCUCGUGUAUCUUGGUGAUGCUCACGUAUGUCCUCGCCAAUGUCGCCUACUUCACCACAGUGUCUCCUGAAGAGAUUCUCUCCUCAUCGGCCGUGGCGGUGACGUUUUCAAACAGAUUGUAUGGCGUCAUGUGGUGGGUUAUGCCAGUCUUUGUGUCACUAUCCACAUUUGGCGGGGUCAACGGCAUUCUUUUCACCACAUCAAGGUUGUUCUACGUGGGCGCCCGUGAAGGCCAUAUGCCACAAGUGCUGAGCUAUGUUCAGGUUCAGCGCAUGACGCCCGCACCUGCCGUCAUCUUCAUGGGACUGACGUCGUUAGUCUACCUCUGCUCGACUGAUAUGUACGCUUUAAUCAACUACGUAGCGUUCGUCAACUGGCUUUCGAUUGGACUAUCAGUGUUUGUGCUCUUGUGGUUCCGGUGGAAGAGACCAAAGAUGGAACGCCCAAUCAAGGUGAACAUAUUCUGGCCGAUCUUGUAUUGUUGCUGUUCUGUGUUCUUGGUGAUUGUACCUCUCUACGCUAGCCCAACGGAAACAGGAAUGGGAUGUCUCAUCAUUGCCACUGGAAUACCAGUCUACAUCAUUUUCAUCGCUUGGAAGCGAAAACCAAAGGUCUUCAACAGAAUGAUGGAUAAGGGUACUGCCAUAAUCCAGAAGUUACUGAUGGUUAUCCCCGAGGAGGCCCAUGAGGAUUGAGGAGCUCGCUGGGCAAUUACCACUUGGACUCUACAAGGCACGGAUCAGACAGUGUUGAUCACAAUCAAACCAUGUCCAAACUGUUAAUGCCAUGACCGUCAUCCGUGCCUUGUACCUACACAAGACACUCAUUUCGUGGUGUCUUAGCCUUUUAAAAUGUGUUAAAUGACUUCAAAACCUACAAGGAAGAACAUAUGGGGACUGGUUGUCUGUGAUACUUAGGACCAUGAUUUCUGUCAAUACCAGAGAAACAAGGGGAGGGCACAGGUCCCAGAUUGAUGACUCGGUCAUUCUCAUGAUCAUGGUCCUACCUUGAAACAAGUAAAAUCUCUUCCAAUUCCACUAGCAGCUUGCAAACUCCCAAUAUCUCCCUGUCGGGAGAGUAUUGUUGCUCGCUCAGGGAUACUCUGGAUGAAUAAGAAUGCAUUUAUUUUUUAGGGAAUAUUUAUUAUCUAUUGCCUGAGGAAGAAGUUUGGAAUCAUUAAACCAGAGAAUCACGGGGUUUGGGUAACAAUCAGUGUUGUAUUGCAUCCAUGUAAUAUCCCACCCUGAAGCAAAAGUGCAAUCAUCAUAUUGUCCAUGCACAGAAAUAUCAUAAUGCGUAGGGGUCGAGGACUGGUGACGUCAGGGAAUAUUUUAAACAGACAUUGUGUUCAGUGUCAAAGUAAAAUUCCUAUGUAUUCCAUCUUGCAAAACAUUCCCAUUUUCUACAAACGUUGACGUUCCAGGGUUCUAAAGUUGACUUCAGUAGUUGCUGGUUCCCUGUCCUGAUGCAUUUGAUGUAGUUGAGGCCCGCAAAUAGGUUUUAGUCUGGUUGCUGUUAAGUAGAUGAAUAUACCGCUUUUAAUGGGAUGGUGUUUAAUGGUCAAUACAGAUUUGUGUCCAACCUCAGUGAACAGUGGUGAGGUUUAUAGUAAGUGGGUUUGUAGAGACCGUUGACAAGUAGUAAAUAGCGUGUUUAGACUGAUAGUGCAUGGCUGAUAUUUCGCCGAUUGUCUUCGACACUGGCUGAUGGAUAAACACACCUCGCUCUGGAGUCAGACGGAGGAACACAGGGAAAGCUCAGCCAAUGUUCAGUCUGUGUAAUUGUGUGAAGUGUGUUGAAUUUUGUUGUGACGUUCUAUGAUUGUUAGGUUUACGAUGCGUACAGUGGUCUGUGUCUGUCGAAGAUAGUGAUGCACUAGGACGAUUAUAUGACUAGAUCUUUAGCACUACAUAGAUCUGAAACUUGAGAGCACAGCAAAUUGAUGUGAUAUCAUAUAAUAUGACUAGUGAAAUGUAUAGCCAGUGCUAAGUAAACUUGCUUCAUUGUAAACCAUUAUUGACUCGGUUUCUGUCACAGGUGGUAAAUAACUAGACACACUUCACUUGGAAUACAGGUUACUUUGUACUGUAUGGAGUGUAAAUGUUGGUAGAAAUUACUGUGCUUCAAUGAAAACUGUCUUCUGAUGCGUUCAGAAAUUUCUGAUAUAUCCAGAGUCGUCAGUAUCGCUUUUUCUUUAUCAAACUUGAUAUCUUCUGAUGACUUUUCCUGUAGAGAACUGAGCUACAUGUAUAACAGGAGAUACAGAUGGUUUCAUCACUGCCAUAUUGGACGUCAAAUUGAAACAUUGGAUGAUGUUACAAGUUCAGCAGCUCUGUGAUUUGUGAUUUGUUGUUGAAUGUGGCAGAUCCAAAACAUGUGAAAUUGGUGGUUCAAUGAAAUCUUGCCCGAUUUUAGGCUCAACACAAUUGGGACAAUCAUCUUUUCUAAGGCAGACUGAAUAGAAAUAACUCUUCACAUGUAGGUGCUGCCCUCUGCUUUGGAUGUGUCAAAACCAGUUGAAGCAUUCAAGUAAGGCUUGUAAUUUGACAUUAUUUGUCAUUAAAUGGGUUGUUGAGACCUUUCUUUCUAGUUCUCUCUGGUCUCAGUUUCGUCAUAAUACGUCUUCCUAAUUUAAGUUGUUGAAUCUUAGGCAGCUACUGUAGGCCUUUGCCAUAAUUCUGAUGACUUGUAAUAUAGAAGAAAAAUGUAAAAAACAAAUAGCAUGAUAAUAAGGCACUAUUCAUAAACUUUGUAUGCAUUGAUUCCCAUCUGAAACUCAGUGAAAGAAGGCUUUUUGGUAAGAAAGGUAAAGAUCAGCCAAGAUUUGCCUGUUGAUGUGAUUGAUGCAUACAAUUUGAAUGGAUGGCCCCUUGUGAAAAAAAAUGAGUAAACGUUGAAAGUAAACUUUUAAAUAAUUCACUGGUCCUUGUUGAGCAUCCACAUAGCUGAUAGCUUUGGUAGUAAUUAGCUGUUGACAAGGGUUUCCUUUAUCAUUGAGCCUGGAUGAUUACUGUGACCCGGAAAUAUUUGUGGCCCCUUUAUGCGACGGUUUUCUGUAGUUGCAACUUUUGCAUAUUGGUACAAUUAUCUGUAAACACGAAAAGAAAAGGCUCACAAAUAUUUCGGGGUUAGCAGUGUUCAAGCUCUGCGUGAGGAAAUAUGCAAGGGCUGUGACCAAAAAAAAAUAAUUGUAGAAUAAGGUAUGAGCACUUAGUUAUGUGUCACUUUGACCUCAAAACUGAUGUUACGUCUCUGUCUUGACAAUGCAAUAUCCUAGUAACAGUAGGUGCUGCAGAGCUGGUGCCCUAUACCUCUAUUAGAUGUAGAAAAAUUGCUCCGGGGCUGUUUGGAGAUUGCAGGAGAUCAUUUCAUGCGACGCCAGUCAAUCUAAUCUUGUAUACUUGAGUUUGAAAGAUGAUGUUAGUUCAGAUUGGAUGACUCUGUCAUCAUUGAUUGAUUGUUAGUAAUUAUUAGUAAUUAGAAUUGCUUGAGCUGUCGAGUAUUGAAGGACUGACUGUUGGUUUGACAUGUUGGUUCUCCUUCCUUCAGCAGCUGGCGGAGCAGUAAAAAAUGCAUUUGUUAUUAUUUUGAUUGUUUAGUGCCUGUCAGCACCCUGUAUAUAGGGAUCAACUAAUUGAUAACCUAAUUGAAGUACAGAUCACUUCGAUUAGGUUAUCAAUAUUAGUCAAUCACUCGGUGAUCAGGUGGCAAGAGCAAGUGUUAAUUAUAUGUGUACAUGUUUGUAUGAUGAUAUUAUUAUUGGUACAUUUGGUCAAAUGUUGUCAAAAGUUCUGUUAAUGAAACGCUCCGUUUGGUUGUAGGAAUAAUUAAUAGAGGGUGCUGCUUCUUGGUAUACAUGUAUAUAGUUUUCCCUGCGUUUCUUUUGGUGUUUGACUCUCAACAUUUUAUGACACGAGCUUGAAAUGUAUUUGAAGUGAUAACUUGUGUUGGUUUUCUCUUAUCGACCACUGUCUGCCGUUGUGUCACUGUGUCAGAAUUCGCCCUCAUCUCUGCAUAGCACUAGACCUGCAUGUUAGAGGAAGAUUAAUCGACAAAUGUGGGUCUUCAUAGCUUUGGUAGCUAGAUGAAUAUUUCAGUCAUUUUGAGGUUAUGGUGCCUGCUGCAGUCAUUUGAAUCACUAACCGCAUGCAUAUGGUUAAUAAUGGUUGUGAAAAAGGCAACUUUGACUCUGGGUGUGUGUUAUAAAAUUGUACCAAACAUUAAUUAUUUGAAUAUGUUUUGAAUUUGUCGAUUGUUCCUCAACCGAGUUAAUUUUCUAAGAAAAUCUGUCAAUUUGAUUUGAAUUCAUUAAAAUACCAUAACCUUA